AUGGGGGCAGCAGCGUGCGAGUAUGGAAGGAAAGGAGGGCCGCAGGAGGCGGUGGUGGAGAUGGGGCCGUACAAGACGGGUACGGUGCAGUGGCAACGCACGCUCAAGUCGCAGAUGCAGGCGUGGCGCGACGACCCGCACUGGCACGACGAGACGCCCACCGUUAAGGUGUCAGCUCCCAAGGGCGCAUUCUGCCAGAUCGACUCGGAGGUGACGAUGGCGCUGCCGCCCGACGCGGUGUACAACAUCCUGUGCGACCCGUGCAACCGGCGCGUGUUCAAGAACAUCCGCGCCGUCACGUACCGCCGCGUGUUGGAGGACGACGGCGACCGCCAGCUCGUGGAGGUGGAGCAGUCCGCCGUCGGAAAAUUCCUCAUCUUCUCCGGCUCCUGCGACGUGCGACUCUUCGUGCGACAGGAUCGACUGAAACACACGGCCAUGGCCGCCCGGGAGCGCGAAGCUGCGCGUGGUAAGGGCAGAGACACGAAGGGAGAUGGGCGGUUCGGAUGGAUAGGUGGGGAGAUGGACAGGGAGGGUGACGUGUUCUUCGACGCCAGUGACGUGUUGCCGGAAGAGGCAGACUCAGAGGAGUGCUGCGCGGAUUGCCAGAUGCGCAUGGCCUCGCGCGUGCGCCUGCAGCAGGUGAUUCUGCUCGCCAUGCCGCCGCCGCCGCCGUUCGACAUGCUGGCGCGCAACAAGACGGCGCACGAGGCGAGAGACAUGCUCACGAGCUUCAUGGCGGAGGCGCGGCGGCUGAGGGAGGCGCCCUUCCCCAUCGCGGACGGCCACACUGCCUUCCCCGACCCCGCACCCGUGCCUGACAUGGCCGCGCCCGCUGAGAAGCUGCAGACAGAGGAGUCCUUUCCACCCCCUCCGCCUCUUGUGAGACUGGAUUCGCACGAGGAGGGCGAGAGCUCUGGUGAGGAUGAGGAAGAGAAGGUGCGAGUGGGGGAGCAGGAGAAGCAGCAGGAGGUAGUUGAGAGAGCAGUGGAGGUGGGAGGAGGGCGGGGCGUGGAGCCCCACGAGCUGCACUUGAAGAGGGACAAUGGCUUCCGUGCGAUCAGAAGUGCUGCCUUCCUGCACAAGGAGGUGCUCAAGAGCCCACUGCCUCGCAAAGAGUGCAACUGGGUGCCUGUGAGGAGGGGAAUCAACGAAACUCCCGCCGCCGAUGGCGGUGAAGGCACGGACGCUGUGGCAGGCGACGGUGACGUGGAAGAGAAGUUCGAAGACGCGACGAGCGAGGAGCCGGCGGCGCUGGUGAUGGACGAAGAGAGCCUGGCGCGGCAGCGGGAGUGGGAGCAGGCGCACCACGCCGCGGAGGCGCAGCGACAGGCGGAGGCGCAGCAGAAGGAGGAGGAGGCGGUGGUGCAGAUGGACGGGUACCGCGAGGGGCGCAUCUUGUGGCGCGCGGAGCUGGAGCGGCAGAUGCGCGCGUGGCGGGACGACCCCGAGUGGCGCGACGAGGCGGCGCAGCUGACGGUGUCGACGCCCAAAGGCACCUUCUGCCAGCUGGACUGCCAGGUAACCCUGGCGCUGCCGCCCGACGCGGUGUACAACACGCUGUGCGACCCGUACAACCGGCGCGUGUUCAAGAACAUCAAGGCCGUGAAGCAUCGCAAGGUGUUGGAGGACGACGGCGACCGGCAGCUCGUGGAGGUGGAGCAGUCCGCGGCGUGGCGCUUCCUCGUCUUCUCCGGCUCCUUCGACACGCGCCUCCUCGUCACUCAGGACCGCGCGGAACGCACGGUGCGUUGCAUGCGCGAGGAGACGUGGGCGGGCGACGGGGAGAGUAGAUGGAAAGCGGAGAGGAAUUCCAUUGUCUUUCACGUUGCCCGGGGCUCUCACGCGUCUGCUGCCGUCUCACGCGCCCUCCCACCCCUUUUCUCCCUCCUUCGCCUCCCGCCCUUCGCCUUCCCCCCAUCCCCCGCACAGAUGUCGUUCAAGAUCGCGCAGCCGGGGUUCAUGCGGCGCUUCGAGGGCUUCUGGCGCGUGGAGCCGCUGCCUGUACCGGGAUCCGCGGACAUGCGCACGGUGGGGGAGGCGGAGGGGAAGGGCGGAACGGAAACAGCAGAGAAGGGCAAAAGCGCAGCGGAGGGGACAGGGAAGGCAGGAGCAGCGGAAGGGGAAGCUGGGGGGGGGGCGGAGGGCGGCGAGUUUGAGGAUGCGCGGGAGGCGUUUGACAGCAGACCCGCUGGGGAGGCAGGCGCUAGUGAGGGGAGCGCAGGUGGAGAGGGCACAAAUGGGGAGGGUGCAAGUGAGAGGAAACCUGGACAUGGCGCGCGCAUGGCGUCGCGCGUGCAUCUGCAGCAGGUGGUGCAGCUGGCGCUGUCGCCCCCGCCCCCCCUGGACUACUACGUGCGCGGCAUCACAGCCCAGGUGGUGCGCGACAUGCUCGGUGACUUCCAGGCCGAGACCAAGCGCGUGCGCUACGGGGGCGCGGAUGACGAUGGGGAAGGGGAUGGGAAGGCAACGCAGGAGGGCGUGGGCGGGCGCAUUGCGCGCAUGAGUGCUGCUUUCCUGCACCGUGAGGCGCUGGGGGGGAAGAGCGGCAAGGGGAAGGGGAUGGGGUGGGGGAAGAAGAACGGUGCGAGGUAG